AUGGCGGCCCAAGCGGUCGAAGCUCCGCGAGGCGUGCUACCAGCAGCCAUGCAACCAAUGCCUGCCCAACCCAAAUCUCAAGCGAGAGAGUCUAUGGAGGAUAUCUUGUACGGAUCGGGUGCUGGCAUUAUCGGCAAAUAUAUCGAAUACCCCUUCGACACCGUCAAAGUCAGGCUUCAAUCUCAGCCCGACCACCUCCCCUUGCGAUACACCGGUCCGCUCGAUUGCUUCAGACAGUCCAUCAAGCAAGAUGGCUUACUGGGAGGAUUAUAUCGUGGAAUAAGCGCACCAUUGGUCGGCGCGGCACUCGAGACAAGCAGCUUGUUCUUCUUCGAGCGCAUUGGAAGAGAGACGAUCUACAAGACAGGACUAUGCUCCAGGGACAAAGUCAUGCCAUUGCCAGCACUGUGGUUCACAGGUGCCUUCUCGGGUGCUUUCACUUCACUUGUCCUGACACCAAUAGAGCUGGUCAAGUGCAAGAUUCAAGUACCGGCAACCGUCAGUACUGGAGGCGCAGUACCGAAGGCGCCAACCGUUGCAUCUGUUAUCCGGGACGUAUGGAAAUAUGACGGCAUUGCUGGCUUCUGGCAUGGCCAGAUGGGGACUUUUCUCAGAGAGUCCGGUGGCUGCGCUGCGUGGUUUGGCUUCAAGGAAACUACAACCAAGCUCUUCUACAUCUGGAAUGAGCGCAAUCUCGUCUCACAGAUGGAGAAAGACGCAUUGCGGACCGAGGCAUUGCCAUUGUGGCAGCAAGCUGUUGCGGGCGCCUCGGCUGGCAUGUCGUACAACUUUCUCUUCUUCCCGGCUGACACGAUCAAGUCGAGAAUGCAGACCAGCGUUGUUGGAAGUACAGCAGUGAAGCGGACAUUCAUGCAGGAAGGGAAAGCACUGUGGCAUCAGCAUGGACUACGCGGACUCUACCGUGGAUGUGGCAUUACGGUCCUCCGCUCUGCGCCCAGCUCUGCAUUUAUCUUUAUAAUAUACGAUGGUCUCAAGAGGCAUUUCCCUUUAUAA